AUGGCCACCGAUCACGCCGAUGUCAUCUUACCUCAGGUUUCUGGAUCAUCCGGAUUUCGACUGAUCAAUAUUCUCCUAGUGAACCCAAACUCUAGUGAAUAUAUGACUAAGAACUGUUUGACAGCAUUGGGACCUAGUUUGCCCUCAGAUGUGAUAGUCCAUGGUUUCACUGCUCCAUAUCCAGCUCCCACAGCGAUCGAAUCCCAAACCGAUGCCGUGCUAUCCACUGAGGCUUGUAUUAGGGCAAUCAAACCCAUCGGAGACAAAUAUGAUGCUUUUCUUGUUGCAUGCUUCCGGGCCCAUCCUUUGAUCAGUGUGCUCAAGGAAGAAUUCUCUCAGCCUGUGCUUGGAAUUAUGGAGGCAGCCAUGUACGCAGCACGUAUGCUCGGCGCCAAUAUGGGUAUAAUAUGCACAUCGGAACGGUCUGCAACAGCUCACGGCCGUACCGUCUCUGAAUAUGGAUUCUCGGACUAUUUUGCAGGAUGUGAAGCAGCUAAGCUGGGUGUUCUCGAGCUUGAUUCUCAACCAAGAGCCGAGGUUCAUGCCGUAAUCACACAAAAGCUCAACCGCCUAGUUCACGAGAGAGGUGCUGAUUGUGUAUUGUUGGGCUGUGCCGGAAUGGCAGAGAUGCGAGCUAUCUGCGAGGCUACGGUCGAAGGAAGUGGUGCGAGAGUGUUGGAUGGAGUUGGACUGGGUACACAAAUCUUGAUUGGACUGGUGAGAGAGGGUUUGAGAACUUCCAAGAACGGUAUCUUCAAGGAUUCUUCACUAGACAGAGUGAAAAGAAUGCAGGACUGGUUAUGA